CACUCUAGUCCAGCUGGUGGCGGUAAUACACCAUAAGUUGGCUUGUCAACCGCCAUUAAAUAGUACAAGAAGAAGAACCUGCAUAGAUAUUUGUGGAGUUGCAGUCCGUGGUCGCCAACGUUAACACUUAUCAAUAUGCACAGAACAGUGUUGCUGCGGGAUGAGAAGAUUGCCUUUCAGAGAUGCCAGAGCUGUUGCUCUAAUUACCAUUGCCCAUUCUGCGGACCAAAAGUGUUCAAACCCACCAUGAAUCUUCAUGUGGUGGACAAUCAUGUCUGCAACCACUUAUCUUUGGCAGUUCACCAUGAAGAAUUCCUGAUUGUCAAGUGCAACUUGCAGUGUAGAGAACAGGCACAUUUUCACUGUUGUUAUUGCCCAAACACAGUUAUAAGGAAAGUCCAGAUUGUAAAACAUUUAGCAUCAUGCAAAAAAAGACAAGUUCCACCUACAGAACCAGCCACUGUUGAACCAGCUACAAUCAGUGAACCAGUCACCUGUGAACCCAUUGUCCCCAGUGCAUCAGUUGACAUCAAUGAACCAGUUGCCACCAGUGAACCAGUUGUUCCCAGUGCACCAGUUGCCUUUAAAGAAUCAGCUGUGGCUGAAGGUGUCCCCUUGCCUAUUAAAUCCCUGCUUGUUCCCAAAAAAUUGCGUAUUCAGAAAAAAGUGCAGUGCGGUCAUUGUGGAAUAACUGUCAACAAGAAAAAUCUAGAUGUUCAUGUUAAAAGAAAGCACGCUGGUAAGAUCUGUGAUGUUAUGGAAGAUCGUCACCUACCUUCAGAGUGCAUCGACCCAGUGAGUGGUAUAUAUGCUGUUGAAAAGUCAUUUCACAGACCAUGUUCUGUAAUCCAUGUUCAGAAAAAAACCUCAGGUCCACAUCCUGUUGUCACGUGUGAAAUGGAUGAAUGCAUUUCCAGUGUAGAAUUUGCCGCUCGAAGUGGCUUUCAGCACUUUGAGUGUAUACAUUUGAAGUCGCUGCAGUUCUGUCCGUGGCCCAACAAGAUACCAGUUGUCCUUGAUGAAGAUGUUCUGGUAGACAUGAUAGCCCCAAAUGUCUUUGGGGAACAGACCAAGGCAACCUGUGUGGCUACAAAGGCAGCAGCAAAUUUGGCUGGUGUUACGUUGUCUGUUGAGUUGACCAUUGGAGGUCCUUCUACAAAGAAGUACAUUUCUGUGUAUGAAUCCAAAGUGUCAUGCUACAGCAGACUUGGUAGAGUCAUUGCUUCCUAUGACAGCACUCGCAACACAUGGCAUUGUCCCUGUGCUAAGCCAAGAGGAUCUUGUUUGCACCAAAACAUAGCCAGGUGGCAUCUUUUCCAGCUGCACAAGCAGUUGUUUGUGUCAUUACCUGUCGACAGACAUGCACAGUGCCUAGCACAAGAACAUGCUUGUUGAGAGCUCUCAAUGCAGAACACACGAUCCAGGGGGCGUGGUUGAAUCCAGAUUUAACUCCUCCCAUGUUACAUAUACCUAAACUUACUAGUCUCCACCCCGUGAUCCCUAAACCCAUCAACCUCUACCAUCUCCACCCCCGGAUGUGGAUCCAACCACACCCCAUAGAUCUUGCGUUCUGCAGUGAGGGGGCUACUGAGCUUGUCAGGAAAGUACCAGAUUGGAUUAUCCCCUAGUGGUUAAGGUUUCAAACAGAUGAAAAACAAAACACUACCAGCCAAAACUCCAACAGAAAUACUGUACAUCAUGGGCUCAUUUACAUUCCCAAACACCUUGUGCCAAAGAAGACUGUUUGCUCUGAAUUUAUGGGCCUGUGUUGAUUACUUCUAAAGGAAAGCUUAUAACAUCAACCGGCAUUGUUGAGGGAUUUUCAACAUACACAUGUGCAGCAACUGUGUCUAAAAUAUUGUUAUCAAGAGUGGACUGAUGGUCUGCACAAUUUUGAGGAUCAUUUUCUGAUGUCAUUACACAUGUGGAUUACCCUGCGCCAUUCACUCCAGCUGUAUCUGGUGCAGGGAGUGUACAGUUAUCAUCACUACAUGCAGGAUCGUGUGGAUGAUGAUGGCUGGGGAUGUGCAUAUAGUUCCCUUCAGACUAUCUACUCCUGGUUUUAGGAGCAAGAAUAUGUGGAGACAGCUGUGCCCACACACACAGAUCCAGCAGGCUCUUGUGGAUGAUGGGGAUAAAGAGCCAUGAUUUGUGGGUUCACAUCAGUGGAUUGGCUCCAUCAAAGUUCACGCUGUCCUUUAUCAGCUGCUGGGGGUCACUUUAAAGAUCAUGCUUGUCAGGCGGUGGAGUACUUGCGCACACUAUUCUAGGCGUAGCAUGGAGCGAGAACACUGGACAAAUACGCUUUCUUAUCUUGGACCCUCACUAAACUGGUGGAGAUGACCUGCAGACUACCACUGACAAAGGCUGGUGUGGAUGGAAGGGGCCAGAGUUCUGGGAUCAAAAGGCUUUUUACAACCUCUGCCUUCCCCAGAGACCCAAGACCAUCUGAGUCACGUGCAUGACACUUAUCCACUUUUAUUGAUACACAAGAAUUGUCAUUUCAAUUAUCAUAUCAAGGAGUGCAAACUGACAUGUCAUAAAAAAAGUGAUUUAUUAUUCAUUGUCCUCAAACAGUUUUAAACGUCUAUGCCUAUUUUAACAGCCGUUCUCAGCCACGCUUAAGGUUACUUUCAUUUCAGAAACAUCACGUAUGAUUUUCAGUCAAGCUAAAAACGGAUGAUAUUAAAGACGACAUAUCCUCAAGACUUUUACCAGUUCAUCAUACAUUAAAUUCACAAGAUAUAUUUGAACCAUUUACAUAAGAUAAGAACGAAAAAAAAAAAAGAAACAGCAGCUAAAAUAUCUUCUUAAAACGGCAAAUGUUUUCUUAUUCAUUGAUUAUUGCAAAGUCUGACUUUUCUCCGAGACCUUUGCGGGGAGACUUGAACCUCUACUUAACUAAUUUUGCCUUAUUAAGAAAUUCUUGAUUAGCCAAGCUUGGCAGGAAGUCAGCUUUUUUCUCUUUUGCUCAUUGCAUUCACAUAUAUACACAGCGUCAUAAAACUCUGAAAGUAUUUCAGUGCCAUCAGGGUUUUUAUGUGAUUGGUUCACAACACGUGAUCCAAGUUAAAUUUUAAGUUAAAAUUAUCUCCUUUUUCCUUGAUUCCUUUCUGCUCUAUGAUUGCAGGUAUAUUUAUGGAGCGUGGCUCCGAACUGUUCUGGAGUACUAGUGUCAGUCAUUACUAUUAUACUUAAGACUCCAAAUCACUGAACCCAGAACAGUGUCAAUUUAUCUUGACUGCUGAGGCUCCAUACCAAAUGUCCACAUACUGAUACUUCUGCUUACCAUUCACACCAGCAAUGGUUUAACAGUCUAUAUGUUACUUCAAAUUCUCUCUCUCUGAGAACAUUCAUCACCAGUCCCGUGCUUUCUUUCCGUCUUGAGAACUGGAGCAUUCACGGCCUCUCUUCUGUCCUGCGUGAGAGCUGCUCAGUAUGUGCUGUUCAGAGAAGGAUGAUGAAGCGUUCUUUAAGGCUCGUGUUCUGCGAUGCAUGUUCAAAAACCUCCCGCACUCCUCAAACCCACAAGACCUAGCAAUAUCUUCGGCUGUCUGUCCACCGUUGUUGCAAAUGCUGAGUGGAAAAUGGAAUGGUUAAUUAGAGAAGUGUUUCUCUUCAUAAGAUGGUUAUAGUUGUUGGGGAUGAUGUUUGCUUUUACAGGUAAACAAAGGGGCAUUCCUGUUAUGUUUGAGCUCUUUUGAAAAUUAAUAUGCCUAUGUAUGUCUAAUCUCAAGAAUUGUAUUAACUGUGCCUUUGGAUUGAUUAUAUAAACAUUGAUAAUAAAAUUAACAAAGAUA